UUAGACACGGAUACCGUGGAAAGAUUCUAAUAUGCAUAUUUAAUACAACUACAUUAACAGAGACUACCCCGGGGCACAUGGAAAGCAGAUUACUGAACAAGGGCAAAGUUUGUAAUUUAACAGAUAAACAUUAUGGUGUUCCAUUGUAUUGUGACAGACCAAAGAAGAGAGGAAUUCAGUGCGACCACUGGACAGGUGUCAAUUCUCUGAAAUAUGUAGGAUUAAAUCAAAAGAAUAACAGCAAAUGGUAUUUUUCAUCGGCCGGCCCACAGAUUCUUCCUGAUGUUGUCCGAGUCAAUAUUUCAACUGCGCAAGACACAUCGCUGUCGGCAAAGAUUCCGUGCAGCAGGGCAAGUGUCCGGAAUUCCUGGGUGUCAAAACCUGUAGGCUUCUUUUAUAACUCCACCUGGCAUCCCCUGGAGUGUUUUAUCGACGUCAGUGUUAAGGACUACAACCGCUGCCUUACCAACAGAACUCUCAGAAUGUUUGGUGAUUCGACGGUCAGACAGUGGUUUUCAUUCUUGUACAAGCAUCUGAAUCUUACUUGGAGAAUAGGUCCAAAGCAAGCAAUAGAGCAAACAAACGGCAAGUGGUAUUCCUAUUCCGAGGCAUACAGCAAGAGGUUUAACUAUACUGCCUUUUGGUCUCCGCACGGUCUGCCAAUGACUUUUGACAAUGCCAGUAGAACUGCCCUUAGACCAUCAUUUGUUCAUCUGGAUGAAAUACCUUCUGGUUCAAGAGACAUUGUGCUCAUUCAUCUAUAUGCCCAUUUCCUAUUCUACCCUGUACACAUGUUCAGGGCUCAAAUACAGCGCAUCAAACAAGCCAUACAACGAUUAUUGAUGCGUUCGCCAGAUAUAAAAAUUGCAAUUAAAGGACCUCACUAUUUUGUAGUGACUAAAAUUGUAUCUACGUUUGGUAGAAUGUGGGGCCCUGUAUAUGACAGAAUUAUUAGACAAGAGUUUGUAAACCUGUAUGACCGUGUAAUUUACCUCGACUAUUGGGAAAUGCUUCUUUCUAUUGAGAGUGCCAGUGUUCAUCCAGAUGAAAAACUGAUAGAUACGAUGAUUCGCAAUUUUCUCGGAUACGUAUGUGAAAAGUGAAGAUUUCAUUUGCAUCCUUAGACGUAUCGUGGAAAACAA